CGCGCCCGGCUGCUGACGUGCGGGGCGGAACGGGUCGGGCGGGUUCCACUGACCCGUGUGUUUCCGCAGGCUGCGGGGGUCGCUGGGGCCUCGUGGCUGGGCAGCUCCGCGGGGCUUCGCCCGCUCCCUCGCCUCGCUCUGCCCUCUUGCGGCGCCUGGCGGGGCCCGCGCUGCAGCCGGAGACCCGGAGAAAGGUGAAGAACCGAAUGUCAUCAUGUCUGGAAUCAAGCGAACCAUCAAAGAAACCGACCCUGAUUAUGAGGAUGUAUCUGUGGCCCUUCCAAAUAAGCGGCAUAAAGCAAUUGAGAAUUCAGCUCGAGAUGCUGCUGUGCAGAAGAUUGAGACUAUUAUCAAGGAACAGUUUGCUCUUGAAAUGAAGAAUAAGGAACAUGAAAUUGAAGUCAUUGACCAGCGACUGAUUGAAGCAAGAAGGAUGAUGGAUAAACUGCGUGCCUGCAUUGUAGCAAACUACUAUGCUUCUGCAGGUCUUCUAAAAGUUUCUGAGGGAUCAAAGACAUGUGAUACAAUGGUUUUUAAUCAUCCUGCUAUCAAGAAAUUUUUGGAAUCACCAUCUAGGUCAUCAUCUCCUGCCAAUCAGAGAGCAGAAACACCAUCAGCCAAUCAUUCAGAAAGUGAUUCUUUAUCUCAGCACAAUGACUUCUUAUCUGACAAAGAUAAUAACAGCAAUAUGGAUAUAGAGGAAAGACUCUCAAACAACAUGGAGCAGAGACCAAGCCGAAAUAUUGGAAGAGAUGCUUCUAGCGUUACUGGCUCCCAUAAAACAGAACAGCGGAAUGCUGAUCUCACAGAUGAGACUUCGCGACUUUUUGUAAAGAAAACAAUAGUAGUGGGCAAUGUGUCCAAGUAUAUACCUCCGGAUAAGAGGGAAGAAAAUGACCAGUCAACUCAUAAGUGGAUGGUAUAUGUCCGAGGGUCCCGUAGAGAACCCAGCAUUAAUCAUUUUGUCAAGAAAGUUUGGUUCUUCCUUCAUCCCAGCUAUAAACCAAAUGACCUUGUGGAAGUUAGAGAGCCUCCUUUUCACCUGACCAGAAGAGGCUGGGGUGAGUUUCCUGUCAGAGUUCAAGUUCACUUUAAGGACAGCCAGAACAAGCGGAUAGAUAUCAUACAUAAUCUGAAGCUGGAUAGAACUUAUACUGGCUUGCAGACUCUUGGAGCAGAGACGGUAGUAGAUGUUGAACUCCAUCGCCAUUCUCUGGGAGAAGACUAUAUAUAUCCUCAGUCCUCGGAGUCUGAUAUCUCUGAUGCCCCUCCAUCUUUGCCUUUGACCAUUCCAGCCCCAGUGAAAGCUUCUUCACCAAUAAAGCAGUCACAUGAGCCAGUACCCAAUACCUCUGUGGAGAAAGCAGGAUUCCCAGCUGGCACUGAAGCUGAACGACACGCUCCGUUUUAUUCUUUGCCAUCUUCAUUGGAAAGAACACCUACCAAAAUGACAACAUCCCAGAAAGUUACCUUUUGUUCUCAUGGCAAUUCAGCUUUCCAGCCAAUAGCAUCAAGCUGCAAAAUUGUGCCACAAAGUCAGGUUCCUAAUCCUGAGUCACCUGGAAAGUCCUUCCAGCCCAUCACCAUGAGCUGCAAGAUUGUGUCAGGUUCCCCAAUAUCAACUCCAAGCCCAUCACCAUUGCCUCGAACCCCAACUUCCACUCCAGUUCACGUGAAGCAAGGCACUGCUGGCUCUGUUAUUAAUAAUCCUUAUGUUAUCAUGGACAAGCAGCCGGGACAGAUGAUUGGAGCCAGCACUCCCAGUACAGGAAGUCCUACAAACAAGAUCUCCACGGCUUCUCAGGUCUCCCAAGGAACAGGUUCCCCUGUUCCUAAAAUUCAUGGAAGUAGUUUUGUAACAUCUACUGUCAAGCAGGAGGAUUCUUUGUUUGCAUCUAUGCCACCUCUUUGCCCAAUUGGGAGUCACCCUAAGGUUCAAAGCCCCAAACCUAUAACAGGAGGACUUGGAGCUUUCACAAAAGUAAUCAUCAAACAGGAACCUGGUGAAGCACCUCAUGUGCCCGCAACAGGAGCUGCCAGCCAGUCACCACUCCCGCAGUAUGUGACUGUGAAAGGGGGUCACAUGAUAGCUGUGUCCCCUCAGAAACAGGUCAUAACUACUGGAGAAGGGAUUGCCCAGUCAACAAAGGUUCAGCCCUCCAAGGUUGUCGGAGUACCAGUUGGGUCCGCUUUACCUUCAACAGUGAAGCAGGCUGUGGCGAUCAGUGGUGGCCAGAUCCUGGUAGCCAAGGCCAGCUCUUCUGUCUCCAAAGCAGUUGGUCCAAAGCAAGUUGUGACCCAAGGAGUUGCCAAAGCAAUUGUGAGUGGAGGUGGAGGAACCAUUGUGGCUCAGCCAGUGCAGACCUUAACCAAGGCCCAGGUCACUGCUGCUGGUCCUCAGAAGAGUGGAUCCCAGGGUUCAGUAAUGGCAACAUUGCAGCUACCAGCCACUAAUUUGGCCAACUUGGCAAAUUUGCCUCCUGGCACUAAACUCUACCUAACUACAAACAGCAAGAACCCUUCAGGAAAAGGAAAACUGCUGCUGAUCCCUCAGGGAGCCAUCCUGCGAGCUACAAAUAGUGCUAAUCUCCAAUCUGGCUCAGCUGCCAGUGGUGGGAGUGGUGCCGGAGGAGGAGGAGGUGGUGGAGGCGGUGGCAGUGGUGGAGGCAGCAGUGCAGGAGGAGGAGGAGGAACAGCAGGAGGAGGAACUCAAAGUACCGCCAGCCCUGGAGGGAUAUCUCAGCACCUGACUUAUACAUCUUACAUCCUCAAGCAAACUCCCCAGGGCACAUUUUUAGUUGGCCAGCCAUCACCCCAGACUUCUGGAAAACAACUCACCACUGGGUCAGUGGUCCAAGGAACACUGGGAGUCAGCACGUCUUCUGCACAAGGACAACAAACGCUAAAGGUCAUCUCUGGACAGAAAACCACGUUGUUUACACAGGCAGCUCAUGGAGGACAGGCAUCUCUAAUGAAAAUAUCCGAUAGCACCUUGAAGACUGUGCCAGCCACCUCACAGCUCUCAAAGCCUGGAACCACAAUGCUGAGAGUAGCAGGAGGGGUUAUCACAACUGCCACUUCCCCAGCUGUGGCCCUCUCAGCAAAUGGUCCUGCACAACAGUCUGAGGGAAUGGUUCCCAUGUCUUCAUCUACGGUCAGUUCUGUAACGAAAACUUCUGGGCAGCCGCAAGUGUGUGUGAGCCAGACCACCGUGGGAACCUGCAAGGCUGCCACCCCCACCGUCGUCAGUGCCACGUCCCUCGUGCCCACACCAAACCCCAUCUCUGGGAAAGCCACAGUAUCAGGACUGUUAAAGAUUCACUCCAGCCAAGCCAGUCCCCAGCAGGCGGUCCUGACGAUUCCCAGCCAGCUCAAACCACUCAGCGUAAACACGUCUGGAGGGGUGCAGACAAUCCUGAUGCCUGUGAAUAAAGUGGUUCAGUCAUUUUCUACCAGCAAGCCACCUGCCAUUCUGCCUGUAGCUGCCCCAACUCCAGUUGUCCCCAGCUGUGUUCCAGCAGCUGUUGCAAAAGUGAAGACUGAACCAGAAACACCUGGGCCGAGCUGCCUCUCUCAGGAGGGUCAGACAGCAGUGAAAACAGAAGAAAGUUCUGAGCUGGGAAACUAUGUCAUUAAGAUAGACCAUUUAGAGACUAUCCAGCAACUCUUAACAGCAGUAGUAAAGAAGAUUCCAUUAAUCACUGCAAAAAGUGAAGAUGCCAGCUGCUUUUCUGCGAAGUCUGUAGAGCAGUACUAUGGCUGGAACAUUGGAAAAAGGAGAGCUGCUGAGUGGCAAAGAGCAAUGACAAUGCGAAAAGUCUUACAAGAAAUCCUGGAGAAGAAUCCGAGAUUUCACCACCUGACUCCCCUCAAAACCAAGCAUAUUGCUCACUGGUGCCGCUGUCAUGGCUACACCCCACCAGACCCUGAGAGCCUGAGGAAUGACGGGGACUCCAUCGAGGAUGUGCUGACCCAGAUCGACAGCGAGCCUGAGUGCCCAUCAUCGUUCUCCUCUGCGGACAACCUCUGCCGCAAACUGGAGGACCUGCAGCAGUUCCAGAAAAGGGAACCCGAGAAUGAGGAGGAGGUGGACAUCCUCAGCCUCUCUGAGCCAGUAAAGAUAAACAUCAAGAAGGAGCAGGAAGACAAACAAGAGGAAGUCAAGUUCUACCUGCCACCAACCCCAGGGUCUGAAUUUAUUGGGGAUGUCACACAGAAGAUUGGGAUCACCCUGCAGCCCGUGGCGCUCCACAGGAACGUGUAUGCGUCCGUGGUGGAGGACAUGAUCCUGAAGGCUACAGAACAGCUGGUGAAUGAUAUCCUGAGACAGGCUUUGGCAGUUGGAUACCAGACAGCUUCUCACAACAGGAUUCCCAAAGAAAUUACAGUGAGUAAUAUUCACCAGGCCAUUUGCAACAUUCCUUUUCUGGAUUUCCUCACAAACAAACACAUGGGAAUAUUGAAUGAGGACCAGUGAGCGGAGUGAGGUGCCCUGGAGAAGCAGGCUUUGAAGGCGCAGCGAAGCUGUAACUGAGGACCCUGCUGCUCGGGAAGGAGGUGGUUUCCAGUGCGCCUCGGGAUGUCAUGGCUACCCAAGCAUUGCUGCUCCUGUUCCCGCGUGCCACCAGCAUGCUCCACUCCAGAUGAAAUCCUCUUGGACAGGAGUUUGUUUCCUGAGUGUGGAGUGAGGCUGUCAGUGGAUACGUGCUUUGUCGGCCAACGUUUCUGCAGUCUCUGUAAAGGCCCCAUGAGACUUGGGCCAGGCCAUGUGCCUCAGGCCCUUCUCCCUGAGUGUGCUCAAGGGGGCUCCUUGGGCCCGCCUCCCCAGGAGAUAGAAAAUGAGUGGCAGGCUAGAGAUUUGAACCAUUUUGUGGGCUGGAGUUACCAGUAGCUCUAGCAGUUAUCCUGAAGAAAGAUUGGGCUUCAGCAAGUGGUUCUCUCCCCUGCCUGGCCUUGGUGUGGAGGGGCUGUACUCUGAGCCCAAGUGAGUCAGCUAUAGGAAGAGGCCAUACCUAGAGCAAAGAACCAGGAAGGCCUGAGAGACGGCAGACUGAGCAGAAUUCCUGUUUUGAGCACAGGAGCAUUACUAGAACCAUUGUCAAAGCAGUGGCAAGAGACGGAGAGGUCCCAACGGGAGUCGGGAAGAGGUUUGAUUAUAACCAAGAAAACUCUCACUAUGCUAGGAAUAGACAGCGUGCACCAGUCCCGGACACUUGGCAGAAGCGUAGCAGUGUUACAUAUGUGUGCGAAGCAGAUCGCAGGCUCCAUGCCAUCUGCAUGGUCUGCAGGAACUUCUGCAGCUGACCCCAUGCUGAGUGGCCAGCGGGGAACAGCCCCCAGCAGGCUCUUCUGGGCUGGUCUGUCCUAUCCGUGGAUUGUGUAUCCUCUUCUCUGUUAAGGAGUUUUUCCCA